UGGCGAGGGCACCUCUGCUCUGAUUGGUUGAAUGCCUUCACCGAAACUUGGGCGCUUUCAGGCGGAACAAGGAGUGUUUGUCUCUCAGCGGUCGUCUAACACACUGUGGGUUCUGGACGUGCGAAGGUUUUGGGUUUGCUGGCCUUCCUGUUUCUGAAGACCGGAGGCCGGCCGCCAGGUCUGGAAGAUUUGAAACCUGAGGCUCAGUUCCUUCUUGUAUUCCAAGUUCGGCCUGCGAAAGCGUGGAAUGAGAGGAAGGGCGUGCGCCUGGUGAUCAGCCCCUUCGCCUCUGCAUGGUAGCGGAGACCCCCUUUGCCCUGCUGGGUGGAAGGGUUCUGUCGGCUCUUCUGGCCGCAGUUCUGUUGGUUAGAAGUGGAAACUGAUGCACUGAGAUGGAAAAAGGAUCUUUCCCUCACCCAUCCUCCAGGGGCCCCAAAGAACUUGCAGAUUUAUCUAGUUUCUAGACACGUGUACUUGAAUGUUCAGCGGAGGAGGGCUUAAAUAUUGGAGAAGAGAGCGAAAACAACUAGCAUUUUAAGGGAUUUGUGUCUGUUUCCAAAACUGACUUUCGAUCAUCAUCCAGCACCGGCUGCUUGGGAUUCGUGAGUGUCUCUUGCCGUCCUGUGGCUCCAACAUGUUCUGUUGGUUAAGUCGGCUCUACAGGGGUUUUUCCACACCCACCGGAAGGAUCACCCACCUGAUCCAGAGUUCUCUCUCCAGAACGCUGGUGCUCACUUCACAGAGGAGAAUUCCAGAAUUCAGUAGCUUUGUUGCUCGGACUAACACGUGUGGAGAGUUGCGUUCUUCUCACAUAGGCCAAGAAGUCACUUUGUGUGGAUGGAUUCAAUACCGAAGGCAAAACAUCUUCCUGGUCCUAAGAGAUUUCCAUGGACUUGUUCAAGUUGUCAUUCCCCAGGAGGAGUCAGCUGCUUCUGUGAGGAAGAUUCUCUGUGAAGCCCCCGUGGAAUCUGUGGUGCAAGUAUCUGGGACAGUAGUUUCCCGACCUCCAGGACAAGAGAAUCCAAAAAUGCCAACAGGUGAGAUCGAAAUCAAAGUUAAAACGGCUGAACUUCUGAAUUCCUGCAAGAAGCUGCCCUUUGAAAUUAAGGACUUUGUGAAGAAAACAGAGGCUCUUCGUUUGCAGUAUCGCUACUUAGACUUGCGAAGUUUCCAAAUGCAGUAUAACCUGCGACUGAGAUCCCAGAUGGUCAUGAAAAUGCGGGAGUAUCUCUGUAAUCUACACGGAUUUGUGGAUAUAGAAACACCAACAUUAUUUAAGAGGACUCCCGGAGGUGCCAAAGAGUUUGUAAUACCAUCGAGGGAACCUGGAAAGUUUUAUUGUCUCCCUCAGAGUCCUCAACAGUUUAAACAGCUUCUGAUGGUUGGUGGUUUAGACAGAUAUUUUCAGGUUGCCCGAUGUUACCGAGAUGAAGGUUCGAGACCAGACCGACAGCCCGAGUUUACUCAGAUUGACAUAGAGAUGUCUUUUGUAGACCAGACUGGAAUCCGGAGUUUAAUUGAGGGCCUGCUCCAGUAUUCCUGGCCCAGUGACAAGGAUCCUGUGGUGGUUCCUUUUCCUUCUCUGACUUUUGCUGAGGCAUUGGCCAACUAUGGAACUGAUAAACCUGACACUCGCUUUGGGAUGAAGAUCAUAGAUAUUAGUGAUUUGUUCAGAAAUACAGAGGUUGGAUUUCUUCAAGACGCACUUAGUAAACCCCAAGGAGCCGUCAAAGCCAUACGUGUCCCUGAAGGAACAAAAUACUUAAAAAGGAAGGACAUUGACUCUAUUAGAAAAUUUGCAGCUGACCAUUUUAAUCAGGAAGUCUUACCUGUAUUCCCAGAAGCCAGUAGAAACUGGAAUUCUCCAGUUGCUCAGUCCAUACUGGAGGAGCAAAGAUCGGGACUAAUCAGACUAAUGGAAAUCCGAGAGGAUGAUGUGGUCCUGCUGACUGCCGGGGAGCACGAGAAAGCAUGCUCUGCGCUGGGAAAAUUACGACUGGAAUGUGCCGACCUUCUAGAAGCCAGAGGAUUGGUGCUGCGUGACCCAGCUCUGUUCUCUUUCCUUUGGGUUGUGGAUUUCCCACUCUUUCUUCCCAAGGAGGAAAAUCCCGGAGGGUUGGAGUCAGCCCACCACCCGUUCACUGCUCCCCACCCCAGUGACCUGCAGCUCUUAUACACCGAACCCGAGAAGGUCCGUAGCCAACACUAUGACUUGGUUUUAAAUGGCAGUGAGAUAGGCGGGGGUUCUAUCCGAAUUCAUGACGCAGAGCUCCAGCGCUACGUUCUGGCAACUUUACUGAAGGAAGAUGUGAACUUGCUCUCCCAUCUGCUCCAGGCUUUAGAUUUUGGGGCGCCCCCUCAUGGAGGAAUUGCCUUAGGGUUAGACAGACUGAUAUGCCUUGUCACUGGAGCACCAAGCAUCAGAGAUGUCAUAGCCUUCCCCAAAUCCUUCAGGGGGCACGACCUCAUGAGCAAUGCCCCAGAUUCUCUCCCUCCUGAGGAACUGAAGCCCUAUCAUAUCCAGGUCUCCUGGCCAGCAGACUCAGAAGCAGAAAAGAGCUCAUUGAAUCAGCCAUCCCUUCCAGAAAGUUGAGCUUUUGAGUUUUGUCUGCUUGGCUUCCCCAAGGCUGAAAUCAGAUGCAGAGUGCUGCCGCAGGCCUCAUGAGCAGCUCUUCAGGGGGAAGGAAUCCAGACAACAUUCUUUACCACAACAAAGAAACAGAAGGUAUCUCAUUUUGACUUGAUAACACACAUUACUAGGAUUUUUUGUUUGGGACUUUUAUGUAGUUUCUGUUACCUGGACAGGUGUGAAAAUGGGCCUCUGUCUGAGUAAUAUAAUAGCUUAGUGUUUUCUCAUCAUGUUUUUCAUACCUGGAUAGUAGAUCGUUUACUUGAGACAGAGGUAAUCAGUAAUCAGACCAUGUGAAAUGUGGGGAGAUGCUUGCCCCUUUAGUCAAUUGAUAAGGGGGUCAUUUCAACCAGCCUCAUCAAGAGAGUCCUGUAAAGGAAGCUAAACAGUGUUAUUUCAACGGUAAGCAUAAUAUAGUGAGAAGCAUCAUGAUAUAAUACCAAAAAAGAAAAAAAAAAAAUCACCAAAAUGAAAGUCAUAAAAUCUUGGUGUUUUACCUUGAGCACGUUACAUAAGCCUCCUUUCCUGCUUAUAUGAAAUGGGAACACUGCUUGUCCUGGCUUCCUCACCAGGCUCCUCUUGCCAGAACCAGAAGAAAUGAUGUAUGUGGAAGGAAUUGUGAAUAAAAAUAGUUUGAAAAACUAUAAAGGAUUACACAAAUAUAAUAGAUAAUGGUAUUAUUUACCUGUAAACAGAUACUGGUAUAUCUAUAUAUCUUACAGUCUAAGAUUAAAUAAAACUGACAUCUAUGGCAUAA